ACACAUUAACACAGUUGUUGUUUUUCCCACCAAUUUGUACAGUCAUGUUAAUAGCGGAAGAAACCUUUUUGAAUGUUUUAGUCCAUCUUUAAUCACAACAACCUGCCAUUUGAACUCAUUUGAAUAUCCACUCUAGUAUAGUAAGGAAUGUUAUUCAUUUAGCAAUCAAUAAAAAAAUGAAAUACAACAGAUUUUGGGUUGUUAACGAUAUUUACAAUAGCCAUAACAAACAAAAUAUGAAACAUAAAAUCUUUAACUUUUGUGGAAUAUAUAUGGUAGAAUCUUGACUGUCAACUGUCCAAAACUGUCAAAUCGCUUGGAAAUUUUCCAGGUCUGAUUAAUGUUUACCUUCAGGGACGUUAUGGUGUGAUAUAGUCAUCACUCCAAAGAUAAAGCUCAUCCACGACAGGAUGUCACGAGCACCUUGUCCAUAUAUGGACUGUUGUUUUUUUCUAUUCCAGAGCCUACAUAUAGAGCCAGUGAAGUAUGUGAAGCAAACGCAGCCAAAAGCCAUUCAGUCUUAUGCAGCUUGGUCGAAUUCAUUGGGGGGGUCAACUCCUGAGGAGCGGAUGAAGAAACAAAUUUUGCUUAUAUUCACAUUCAGAGGAAUAGUGAGCAAAGGCAAAAAGGGGAAAAAAAGAAAAUGGCCAACUUCAUAUUAAGGACGGCCCAACCAAAGGAUGUAUGUGAUAUCUUGCGACUCAUAAAGGAACUUGCAAAAUUUGAGGAGAUGGAGGAACAGGUCAUCCUAACCGAGAAAGAGCUACUUGAAGAUGGUUUUGGAGAUCAUCCUUUCUACCACUGCUUGGUGGCUGAGGUGCCAACGGAAACGAAAACAGCGGAAGGGAACACUGUAAUCGCCUUCGCCAUGUACUACUUCACCUACGACCCUUGGAUUGGAAAGCUGCUGUACCUGGAGGACUUUUAUGUCAUGCCAGAGUUUCAGGGGUUUGGCAUCGGUUCAAAGAUUCUAAAGGUCUUGAGUGAGACGGCAGUGAGGACUCGAUGCAGCAGCAUGCACUUCAUUGUAGCAGAAAACAACACCAAAUCUAUUGAAUUCUACAAGAGAAGGGGGGCGGCUGACCUUUCAUCCGAGGAAGGCUGGCGCCUGUUUGCCAUUGACAAGGAGGAGCUGUUAAAAAUGAACGCAAAAUAAAACACUUAAUCCACCUCA